AGAAAAUUGGUGAAGUGCCAGUAUUGCAAGCAUCAGCGACUCGAAGGUUCUACAGAAUUCUGGCUUUGGAGAUUUCUUCCUUAACAAGCAUCGAUAUCAGGCUAAGCGGGCAAGGAAUUUUGUUGAGAAUAUGGCAGGAAUGAUUGCUCAGGACUGGGAGCCCGUGGUUCUCCGUAGGCGGCAACCUACAGCUGCCGCUAGGAAAGACGAGAAGGCUGUCAACGCUGCACGCCGGAGCGGAGCGGAGAUUGAGACCAUAAAGAAAUCCAAUGCUGGAACAAACAAAGCUGCGUUAAAAGUGCUCAACAUCAAGAAGCUUGAUGAAGACACAGAAAAUCUCACCCAUGAGAAGGUACCAUCGGAACUGAAGAAGGCGAUUAUGCAGGCCCGAAUGAACAAGAAGCUCACACAGUCGGAACUUGCCAAGAUGAUAAAUGAGAAGCCCCAAGUGAUCCAAGAAUACGAAUCCGGAAAAGCAAUACCCAACCAGUUGAUCUUGUCUAAACUGGAAAAGGCACUUGGUGUCAAACUGCGCGGAAAGAAAUGAAACAUGAAUAUGAAUGUAUCUGUACCUUAUGUUUUUGUGUCUUUGUCAUCCAAAGAUUGAAUAUAAUUUAAAUCCAAUUUGCUCGAUCGAAUUUAAGGUCAA